AUGCCCGCCUUUAAUUCCGCUCCCCAUGGCCCUGCGUUUACUUCCGUCAAUGGUCGAUUGUCUCUGAGUCCGCCCGACGAGAAGAAGCCAACCGUUGCCGCCAAACCUUCUGCCUGGAGUCCCGCCUCCCCAGAUCCUGAGCCCAAACAUCACUCUCGCUCCCCAGAGAGCGACACGAGUUCGUCCACUGUUGGCAGUGGAGAUCGAUCUCCUGAUAGUUCAGACAAGACAAGGUCCUCUCCUGAACACCCAAAUAAGAGAAGACGCUCCGGCUCCGAAGAAGACGCCUACGGCCAACACAGCCCUGAUCAGAGGACCGCUGGCCCCAGGCAACUUCCACUUCCAUACCAGCCCUUGAACCGCAAUACGACCAUGAGCAUGGAAGCCCCUCCGCUACCGACUCUGCCUCCACUAGGUCGUCCAGACACCGAACGACGCUGGCAAACGGAACCCCGUGAACUGCCUCACGCAGCCCAUCAGCAUUUCCAACACCAUGAAUCGCGUCCCACCGAGCACAGCCGCACCAAUGACAUGUCUCCUGAGUCGCAGUCUCUUAGCCGUGACAUGAUCGAAGAGACUGAGUUCACGCGGGCUGGUGUACAGGUCGAGCUUAAGAAGCGGAAACGGCAAUUUGCCAACCGCACCAAGACUGGCUGUGGAACAUGCCGUAGGAGGAAGAAGAAGUGCGACGAGGCCAAACCAGAAUGCAACAACUGCACACGCGGUGGCUUUGUCUGUGAAGGCUAUGCCAACAAGGUACCUUGGCCGAAGAAUGGACCAGCCAAACCACCUGCACUGAUAGCCAAGGAGAAGGCCGCCAAGCCUAUCCAACAGCUGCAUGUGGCACCACAGCAUCCACCGCCUCCCCCGCCGCCAACAUCUUUGCCACCUACGCGGUCACCGACACGCUACUCCUCGUCGUCUACAUCGACCAUGUACAGGUCCGAAAAAGACAAGAUGCUUGCUGGAGAGCCAUUCAACCCCUUUGACAAGGUCCUGAUGAAAGAGCGUCAUUUGAGCGCGCUAGCACAAUCUUAUUUCAACGGAAAUAUCAACCCCUCCAAUGUUCUAUCUAGCCAAACGGUCGACCACCUUUUCAAACAAAUCCUGAACGCGGGCAAGAGAGGUGAUGAAGCCAGACGAAUCGAAACUCAUAUGGGUGACAACUGUCAUGUUGCUGCGCCCUUUGCUUGCGACUACGGCUACCACCUGAGUUUCGGCGAAAACAUUGUCAUCGGCGCUGAUUGUCGUUUUCAUGACUCCGCGAGGAUUGCCAUUGGAAGGAACUGCAAGAUUGGGGCCCGAGUUACUAUACAGACUCUGAAGACACCUACCGACACCAAAUCUCUGAAGGGCAGCAACGGCACAGAGGUUGCGCAAGAGGUCCUUAUCGGGGAGAACGUGUACAUUGGUGAUAACUGCAUAAUCGCGGCUGGCGUCCAGAUUGGCCCUAACACCAUAUCUGUCCUCGCCAAUUCCAUCAUGCAAGGGAACCCCGCCACCAAUAUACUCUAA